UGCAUCACAAGUAAUCAUCCCUGGUCCAUACCACAUAGAGAGGAAAGGGCACCAUCAUGGCCACGCCCAGCUUGCAAUACCAUUCCCAGCGCCGGUGGCAGUUGCUGCCGCCGGUAAUCCUAGUACUCAUCCUUUCCGCCGCGGCUGAAGAGCAGCGACCUGGUUGCCGCCGCACGUGCGGCGACAUGAUCAUCCCCUUCCCAUUCAGCAUCGGCCCCGGCUGCUCUCGCCAUGGCUUUGAGGUCUUGUGCAACCACUCCCGCACAUUCCUUGUUGGCAAUACAACAGAGCCGCUGGAGCUGGAGAGCAUAUCAGUUGCCACGGGCGAGGCACGAGCAUACGCCCCUGUCUCGUACCGAUGCAGGUCAAAUAACACCAGGACCGUGGUCAUAGUCUCUUAUAUUUGCUUCUUCCAGAAGCCCUUCACCGUCUCCUUGACAGGUAAUAUUCUUGUGGGUGUCGGCUAUAGAGCCGAGCCUCAACUGACAUACGGUCGUACGGGGGAGGAAAUCUCUUGCCUUGCAUAUGAUAGGCACAUCCAGACGGCGAGGAACGGGGCAGGGCUGCUGCGAGGCCACCCUCCCACUCAACACCCACUUCAAUAACUUCGGCUUGCAGCUCAAGCACGAGAUACCCAACAGCUCAAGCACGAGGCAAACCAACUCGUCGUGCUCCUACGGCAUGCUCGUGGAGAGGUCAUGGUACAACUUCUCUACGCUCGACAUGUACGGCAACAUGACGCUUCUCAAAAGGUUCCCCCGGGGCGUUCCCCUCGUGCUAGAUUUCGACGCCGGGAACACUUCAUGUCCAUCGGAAUGGACUCCACCGCCUCCCGACUAUGCCUGCGUCAGCGGCAACAGCUCUUGCGCCAAUACAACAAAUUCGCGUACCGCUGGCUAUAUCUGCAAGUGCUGGGACAACUACGAUGGCAACCCUUACGUCCCGAACGGAUGCCAAGACAUUGAUGAAUGCAAGCAUCCUGAAGUGUAUCCCUGCUCAAGUGGUGGGAUCUGCAAAAACACGCUGGGGGGCUAUGAUUGUCCAUGCAAAUUUGGAAUGAAAGGCCAUGGCAAAACAGGAACAUGCAAAUCUGUAUUCACCCCAGCGGCAAAGGCGACAGUGGGUGCAAUAGGUGGUACUCUUAUCAUGGUGGUUCUAUUUCUUGUUAUUCUUCACAAAGAAAAAAAGAAGACAAAAGAUUUUUUCACAAAGAAUGGUGGUCCUAUAUUAGAGAAGGCAAAUGUCAUUAAACUUUUCAAAAAGGAGGAGCUCAAGCCAAUUUUAAAGAAUAACAACUUAAUUGGAAAAGGUGGCUUUGGUGAAGUUUACAAGGGCCUUCUAGACAAUAAAUUAGUUGCAAUCAAGAAGCCAAUUAAUGGUACUGUGCUAGAGAAUGAACAAUUUGCUAAUGAAGUCAUCAUCCAAUCUCAAGUCAUCCACAAGAAUAUUGUUAGGCUCAUUGGUUGUUGCCUCGAAGUUGACGCCCCCAUGCUGGUCUACGAGUUUAUAUCCCAGGGUAGCCUCCACGACAUUCUUCACAACAACAACAACAAUACCAAGGAGGCUCUAAACUUGGAUGCACGUUUAAGUAUCAUUGCACAAUCAGCGGAUGGUCUAGCUUAUAUGCACUCAAAAGCAAAUAUUAGAAUUCUUCACGGUGAUGUCAAACCAGCAAAUAUACUCUUGGAUGAUGACUUUGUACCCAAGAUUUCAGACUUCGGCAUAUCUAGGUUGAUUGUGAGAGAUAAGGAACACACUGGGUCAGUCAUCGGCGACCUGAAUUAUAUGGAUCCAGUAUAUUUGCAAGAAGGCCUACUCACCGAAAAAAGUGAUGUCUACAGUUUUGGAGUUGUGAUCCUUGAGGUUAUUAGCAGCAGGAGGGCCCUACAUUCUGAGAAUAACAGCUUGGUAAAGAGCUUUGUUGAAGCCCAUAUGAAACAUAGAAAAGCGACCGAGCUUUUCGACAAAGAAAUUGCAAUAACAAAAGAUUUGGAGCUUCUUGACAGUCUAGCAUGUAUGGCCAUGGAAUGCCUUAGCCUUGAUGUGGAUCAACGACCAACCAUGAUGGAGGUAGCUGAACGACUACACAUACUGAGUCGGUCUCGUAAGGCGCAAGAUGUUUGUCAAUAAGUUAUCUUUGACAAAUCUUAAAACAGGAGCACUGGAGAGGCCUCUUUGGUUACAAGAAAAUAAUUUUACCGUGUUUUGCAUGGUGGCCGAAUGCUCCUAGGCUGCAUUUGUAACUGUGUUUCUACUGUUGUGUAACCGUAUGUCAAAGCACUACAUUUUUACCAAAUUGGUAACCGUGUUAUAAAUAAUACAUUGUGUUUGCUUGCA